AUGCCGGGUGGAGGGGCGUGGGCGGCGCCGGAUGAGGCCAGCAGCGGUCUCCGAGGGGCCGCCUGCGGAGGUGCCCAGCGGAGGUCGAGGCGUGCUGGCUGCCUUCGCCGCCCGCGCUCCGCGGAAGCGGCCGCGGAGGCGCGCGCCAACCAGGAGAGGCAAUGUGGGCGGCGCCGCUCUGGCCACGGCCGCGGCCGCCCUGCUGCAUGUCCGCGCCCCUGGCGAAGGUUGGGUCUCGGGGUGGCUCGCGGGCCCGCCAGAGUGGCAUCGGGCGCCGGCUACGGCGAGGUCGGGCGGCGCCUCGGACCUGGGAGACCUGCUGCUGGGCGCCUUCAAGGAACUGAGCAGCCGCAGGAGCCCUCGGCAGGGGAGGACGACGAGAAGCCCGAGGUCGUGAAACGAAAGCCGAAGAAGAAGAAGUGGAGGAGCCGGCUGGAGGACCUGUCGGUCGGCCAGACGCUGGCGGGCCGAGUAUUCUUCAUUAGCGACGAGGCCGUGUGGAUCGACAUCGGCGCGUCCUGGCGCCACGCCAGGUGCUGCGGGCGCGUCCUCGCGCCGAGGGAGGAGGCGCUGCGCAGCCUCCAGGCCAAGCAGAACGUGACCGCGACGGUGGAGAAGGUGGAGGAUGGCAGAUUUUGGGUGUCCGUUGCCGGGCUGCCCAAAGUGCCGCUGGUCAAGGACAUGGAGGUGGGCCAGUCGUUGCAGGGUCGGGUGGCUCACAAGUCGCGGAGAGGGGUCAUGAUUGACGUCGGCUCUGACAGAAACGCGUAUGUCUGGGCGCCGAAGAAGAUGGCGUUCGAAAUGCUCCAGAACAACGAGAUCGUGAGCACAACCGUGGAGAAGGUGGAUGGCGACACCGUCUUUGUGUCUGUCGACGGGCUGCCGGUGAUCAGGUCAGUGGAGGACUUGAGAGUUGGCGAGACUUUGGACGGCGUUGUUGCUUUCAAGAGCGUAGAGAACGGCGUCUACGUCGAUAUCGGACUUCCGAGGACCGCCAGAGUCUUCGCGCCGAGGCUCACGGCCCUGUCGAUGCUGAAGGCCAACGCGCUUGUGAGCGCGACGGUCGAGAAGGUGACAGAACACCGAGGUGUUCUGACCACCUGGGUGUCCGUGGCCGGGGUGCCCAAGCCGCAGAAGGCCAGCGAAGAUUUGGAGGCAGGCGAGACGUUCGAGGGCACAGUCGUCUACAAAGCUCGAGAGGGCGUCUACGUAGACAUCGGCUGCGAGCUGCUCCCGCGCGUCUUCGCGCCGAUCAGGCAGUCGCUGGACACGCUCGAGGUCAACCAGACCGUGACCGCCACGAUCGAGAAGAUACCAGACAGCAAAGCGCUCUGGGUGUCCGUCGCCGGACUGCCCAAGCUGAGGCUGAUGAAGGAUUUGAGGGAGGGCGAGCAGCUGGAGGGCAUAGUUGUCAACAGGACGAAGGACGGCGUCUUCCUCGACAUCGGCACCCUGACAAGGCAGGCUCGCGUCUUGGCACCCCGGUCCAAGGCCUUCGAGAAGCUGCAGUUUGGCACGGUUGUCCGUGCGACCGUCGAGAGGAUAAGACCCAAGUACAUCCUCGUGUCCGUCGCUGGGCUGCCGAGGCUGAAGUUGAUCGAGGACUUCCAGAAGGGUCAGGUGGUCGACGGCUACGUCGCCAUGAAGAUCAGCACAGGUGUCUUGGUCAACAUAGGGUGCGAGCAGCUCGCUUUCCUCGCAGCGCCCACGGAGGAGGCUUUCAUGCUCGAGCCCAACGAAGAGCUGAAGGGCCUGAGGGUGCUGAGUGUUGACGUCGAGGCGGCCCAGGUUGCCUUGUCGUACGACGGCCUGUCCGACUUGGUGGCUCCGCGGCUCGCGAGGCGCGGCCCGCCGAUGCCGCCGCUGCCGAUGCCCGCGGGCGGUGGCCAGAGCCCGCCGAGGCGGCAGCGCACCCCCGCGCCGACGCCUCGCGCCCCGCCGCCGCAGGCCGCGCCCGCCCGGCCGCAGCCGCCCGCCGCGGAGGGCGGCCUCGGUGGCGGCGCCGGUGGCGAGCGCGCCCGCAAGGGCGAGGCAGUCGGACGGCGAGGUGAUGGCCAUGACGGCCGCGCAGCUGAAGGCGAUGUGCCAGGCGGAGGGGCUUGCGGUUUCGGGCACGAAGGCGGUCCUUGUGAAGCGGCUGAUGCGAUUUACUCAGGAAUCGACACGGAGCGUCGCAUCGUUGAGCUGGAGGGGGAGCUGCGGGCCGCCAAAUCCGCCGACGAUUUCCUCGAGUGCCACAGGAUCUCCACCGAGCUCGCGCGCUUGAGUGCGAGCCUUGAGGCGGCCCGGCCGCAGAAGCCGCGGGAUGCUCCAGGAGAGCACCGCGCCAGACGUCGCCCCGCGGGGGCAGCGCGGGGCCCCCGACGGGCGAGGCUGGGGCGCCCGCAAAGCCCGUCGCCAAGGCGCCCGCAAAGCCCGUCGCCGAGGACCCGUUCAAGGACGACUUCGAGGUGGGCCAGAAGGUGA